UUACGUUUAUCCGAUUUUUCUUCCUUGAGAAUUGAAACUGUCUAUUUUGAUUCCUUCUGGUUCAGGAUUGGAUUAUCAUGAAACGCUCGAUCAGCCCCGACCCUUUAUCCUCCGCGAAGUUGCGGCCGAAGCUCCUUCACCACUCACAGAAUGAUGAUGAUGAUGAUGUAGGAGCAGAGGGCAAUUCUUAUUGUCUUCCUUAUACCUCAAGCGAUGAUCACUGCUCCUUCCUUCCUGUAUCUCAGCCUGUUCCUACGUUUAACUAUGGCCCCGGUCGUGUUAGCGCUCCACUAAACAUAAACAUAAAGAAGUACUUAGCGGAUGCGUGUGAGUUGCUAAAGCCAAUCAUAUUAGAUGAUGAAUAUCAGUCUGUCGAUAUCCCCUGCACAAAGAUUUAUAUGGCCGUUCAGCGUGCUUGCUUUGCGGAUGCGGAUCCCGAAACAGUACAACUGCAUAUUUUCGGUCUUAUCGAGCAGGAGUGUGAGCCACACCUUGCUUCGGUUUUACAGUCUUUAGCGAAGCAAAUCAGUGAUGAUCCUUCUGUUUUGUUGCCACUCGUGUACAAUUGCUGGUUAGACUUUAGAAGGAAGAUGCUGUUUGUGUCUGACUUAGCCAUGUAUCUGACAUGUAAUGAGUAUACACUGUGGGACGGGUGCCAGAAGCUUUUCCAUAAGCAACUCUCCAUGACCUCUCAACUUCAACAUCAAGUUAUUACCGCCAUAUUAGGACUCAUCACUGAUGAAAGAUCAGGCAAGACUGCUGACAACACGAGUCAUUUCCUAAAGAAUCUGAUGGAGAUGUUCCAUGGGCUGUCGAAAGAUGUGUUUGAGAAGCCUUUCCUUGAUUCUACUUCCAAGUUUUACGCCGAGGAAGCAGAGAGAAUCCUGCAGCAGUCCGACAUUUCCAACUACUUGAAAUAUGUCGAGGGGGUUUUUCACGCCGAAAGGAAAAAAUGCCGGGAGCAUUAUUUCUUCUUUGCAGGUUGCUGCUUACAACUACCGGGAGUUUUAGAGAGGCAACUACUGGAGGCUCACCUUUCUUUUCUUGAAGAGGGUUUUAAGCUAUUAAUGGAUGAGAGUCUCAUUGAUGACCUUGGAAGAAUGUAUCGUUUGUUCUCUAGGGAAGAUUAUUUGCUGGUUUAUCUAGACUGCAGUUUGAGAUCCUACAUCUUGGCCAAAGGAGAGGGAGCGAGGCAAGAAGGAUCCUUGCAUGAGUUGCAUACUAGCAUUGAUAAGAUAUGGCGUCGAUGCUUUUUUGAGGAUGAAUUAUUGGAUAAGACCAUCAGAGACUGUUUCGAGCGUAUGGGUCUGCAUGUGCCGGAUCAGUGGGAAUGCUCGGAGGAUUAAAGCUGAUUUGUCAAAUGCAUGGAGGGUCGUUUAUCUUAUGUUAGUAGACGUUGUGUUGUUUAUUCCGGUCUUGUGUUACGUUUCUUUAUCAGCCAACGGG